AUGUGCAUCAACAACGCGCUUAAGCGUGUAGAUCUGCGUCGAUCACCAUACAACGUGACUGAGCAAUACCCCGCGGAAGUCCUGGAGCGCCGGAAGGCCCUCGAAGGCCCCAGGCGUGAUGGAAAGAGCACCCUCCUUGUCCGCGACAAUUUGUUCAUUGAUGGUCGACCGUUUAUGCCGACCUCUACGCCGCCGCCGCAUUUGGAUUCCGAUGAAAAUGUGCCUGAUGUGGAUAAGCCAGUUGGCAUGUGUGGUAAAUUGACCAUUGUUGCAGGCCAUAGUGUGCCUUAUGUGGAUAAGCCAGUUGGCUUGUGCAAAAACAGCAUUUCGUUACAGAUCUAUUCAAGGGUUGUGAAGACAGACUUAUUUUGUAAGAAUGAUGCCUCCGUUUCUACGCAUGACGUUCGUGAGCAAAGUCAUCUAAUUAAUUUUCAUGUCAACGAAUAUAACAUUACAGACGAGGCACUAGAGAUGAUUGGCUACACGGGCAAAAACAACUCAACGAGUUUAGGUGAUAAAACUGAAAUAAAACGUGCAGAUAACACAACACAAGUUAGAAAUUUCCUCCAACCUCAAAACUACUCAGCAAUGACAAAGAACUGCUCAAAUUUUAUACAUGAGCGUGGAUAUAUUGACCAUCAUUUAACGGAAGUUGAACGCGACUUUCCAAUAGCGUUCAGUAUUAUCAUGUUCACAGACAUUGAACAAUCUGAGAGACUUCUGCGCGCCAUUUACAGACCACAGAACUAUUAUUGCAUACAUGUUGACUCCAAAACAAAUCAAACCAUAUACGAUGGCAUGUCUUCAAUUGCCAGUUGCUUUGAUAACGUAUUUGUGAUGUCAACACGAUUUGACGUACAGUGGGGUACAAUGACCAAUCUUGAGCCAGAUUUGCUCUGCAUGAAAGAGCUUUGGAACAAAAGUACAUUGUGGAAAUAUUUCAUUAAUCUGACUGGACAGGAGUUUCCGUUGAGAACGAACUACGAACUUGUGCGCAUUUUAGAGGCUUACAAUGGAUCAAACGACUUGGAGGGAACUUUAAAGAGAGCCAACAGGGAUCGAUGGGAGAAAGCCGGUUCACCACCUCACAACAUCACGGCAAUAAAGGGGGCCGCGCACAUUGUGGUCAACAGGGGCUUCGUGGACUUCGUGUUGCAUGAUCAAAGAGCCCAUGACCUUUUGAACUGGACAAGACAGACGUAUUUUCCCGAUGAAACGUACUUUGCCACGCUCAAUCAUAACCCUCAACUCGGUGUACCAGGUGCUUAUUUAGGGGUACCCGAGACGGACGAUGUGCUAAAGCCGUUCAUGACGCGUUUCAAGGAUUGGGGCGAAAGAGAGUGCCAUGGCAAACGUGUGCGCGCCAUAUGCAUCAUAGGCACAGGCGAUCUGCCGGAACUGGCUCAGAGCAAAAAGCUCUUCGUGAACAAAUUCCACCAGAACUUUCAUCCCUAUGGUUACGAUUGUCUUGAGGAACUCAUCGCCAACCGCACCCGAGACAUUUACCUAGGAGAUCUCGCAUUUGAUUCUAGAUAUUACGGGACUUUGGGAUUUGUAAAGAACAAAAUCUAA